GAUGAGUCCGACCGUAAGACGGAGCCACGUUCCUCCGUCUCCGACCUGGUCAACUCCCUGACCAGUGAGAUGCUCAUGCUCUCCCCAGGCUCCGAGGAUGAUGAGGGUCAUGAGGGCAUCAGCCGGGAGAACCUGGGUCGCAUCCAGUUCAGCGUCGGCUACAACUUCCAGGAGUCCACCUUGACUGUCAAGAUCAUGAAGGCACAGGAGCUGCCAGCCAAGGACUUCAGUGGCACCAGCGACCCCUUUUUCAAGAUCUACCUGCUUCCUGACAAGAAGCACAAACUGGAGACCAAGGUGAAGCGGAAGAACCUCAACCCACACUGGAACGAGACCUUUCUCUUCGAAGGGUUCCCCUACGAGAAGGUGGUGCAGCGGGUGCUGUACCUCCAGGUCCUGGACUACGACCGCUUCAGCCGUAACGACCCCAUUGGGGAGGUGUCCAUCCCUCUCAACAAGGUGGAUCUCACCCAGAUGCAGACCUUCUGGAAGGACCUGAAGCCGUGCAGUGAUGGCAGCGGAAGCCGUGGGGAGCUGCUGCUGUCGUUGUGCUACAACCCCUCCGCCAACUCCAUCGUGGUGAACAUCAUCAAAGCACGUAACCUCAAAGCCAUGGACAUCGGGGGCACGUCAGACCCCUACGUGAAGGUGUGGCUGAUGUACAAGGACAAGCGGGUGGAGAAGAAGAAGACGGUGGUGAUGAAGAGGUGCCUGAACCCCGUCUUCAACGAGUCCUUCGCCUUCGACAUCCCCACGGAACGGCUGCGUGAGACGACCAUUGUCAUCACCGUCAUGGACAAGGACAGGCUGAGCCGCAACGAUGUCAUCGGCAAG